AUUGCUGCAGAACUUCUAAAAAACGCAGAUGAGCUAGUGAAGCAGAAGAUUCACCCUACCUCCAUUAUUGGUGGAUACCAACUUGCUUGCAAGGAAGCAGUUCGCUACAUCAAUGAAAAUCUUAUUAUUAACACAGAUGAAUUGGGCAGAGAUUGCCUAAUUAAUGCUGCUAAAACAUCAAUGUCCUCUAAAAUUAUAGGAAUCGAUGGUGAUUUCUUUGCUAAUAUGGUGGUGGAUGCUGCACUGGCAGUUAAAUAUACAGACCAAAAGGGUCAGGCUCGAUAUCCAAUCAACUCGGUUAAUGUUUUGAAGGCACAUGGCCGCAGCCAAAAAGAGAGCAUACUUGUGAACGGUUACGCUCUGAACUGCGUGGUGGGCUCACAGGGUAUGACCAAGAGAAUAGUUAAUGCGAAGAUUGCAUGCCUUGACUUCAGCCUCCAGAAAGCAAAAAUGAAGCUUGGUGUUCAGGUUGUUAUCUCGGAUCCUGAAAAGCUGGACCAGAUAAGACAGAGGGAAUCAGAUAUUACCAAAGAAAGGAUCCAGAAGAUUUUGGCCACUGGUGCCAAUGUUAUUCUCACCACUGGAGGCAUUGAUGAUAUGUGUCUGAAGUACUUUGUUGAUGCUGGUGCUAUGGCAGUACGAAGAGUUGUAAAGAAGGACCUUAAGCGGAUUGCUAAGGCAUCUGGAGCAACCAUAUGUUCAACCCUUGCAAACCUUGAAGGUGAGGAGAGUUUUGAGGCAUUAAUGCUGGGACAGGCAGAAGAGGUGAUUCAAGAGAGAAUCUGUGAUGAUGAGCUGAUUUUAAUCAAGAAUACAAAAGCUCGUACUUCAGCAUCAAUUAUCUUACGAGGAGCCAAUGACUUCAUGUGCGAUGAAAUGGAACGAUCUAUACACGAUGCUCUCUGUGUUGUUAAACGAGUGUUGGAAUCCAAGUCUGUUGUCCCAGGUGGUGGUGCUGUAGAGGCAGCGCUUUCAAUUUAUCUUGAAAAUUAUGCAACCAGCAUGGGAUCACGUGAACAACUUGCAAUAGCAGCAUUUGCAAGAUCCCUCUUAAUAAUUCCAAAUACACUGGCAGUCAAUGCUGCUCAAGAUGCAACAGAUCUCGUCGCAAAAUUGAGAGCAUUCCACAAUGAGGCUCAAGUUAACCCAGAUCGAAAGAAUCUGAAAUGGAUUGGUCUUGACUUGAUCAAUGGAAAACCUCGUGAUAACAAGCAAGCUGGUGUCUUUGAACCAACCAUGGUCAAAACUAAGAGCCUAAAGUUUGCAACAGAAGCUGCAAUUACUAUUCUUCGAAUUGAUGAUCUUAUUAAAUUGCACCCGGAAACGAAAGAAGAGAGAGGGUGCUAUGAGGAUGCAGUUCACUCUGGAGCACUUGAAGAAUAAUUUAGGGUUUAUUUAUGUUUGUCUAACUCACAUUUCCCACUCUUGAAACUAAAAUGUUAAUAAAACAAGUGGUUGAAUGCUGCUGCUA